AUGGUGAAAAAAACCAAGCGACAAUCCUUAAACUUCCCAGAUAUUCAGGGAUGGGUUCCGUACAAAGCGUUUUCAAAGAACAAGGAAGAAAUAUUUAAAGAUAUUCCUGCUCAAGAAUAUGUUGAAGUGCCAAAAGAUUGGAAAGAACCCGAGUUCAAGCCGGAAGACAAUCCAUAUGGUCGUCUUUUUGCUGCUUCUUCAUAUGCCACUCUUUUUCCAAAGUAUCGAGAGAAGUACAUAAAAGAAAUUUGGCCUGCUUUAAGAAAAGUCCUUUUGGAACAUGUGAGUAUCUUCUUUAUGAUCACUUCAUUUAGUUCUGUAUAUCACAAUAAACUUGUGAAUUUAACUGAUCACUUCAAAAUAAGGUAA